AGGUAACGAAAGGGAGAACAAGGUGUGCGUGCGAAGGGUAGCACAGUACACCAUUGAAACAGAAAUAUCAGUACGUGGUGUCUCGGGUUACCCCACGACGCUCCCUUUCCAUGGACGCGAAUGUUGUUCCACAAGCACCGCUGAGUGGCGGCAGCAGCCCCACGACAACGUCGCCCGCCACAGCACUAAACGGUCAGCCCACCCUCGAUGAAGUUGCCCGCAUUCACCACCGCCGCAAGCUCGCUCGCAAAACACCAGAGCAGCGACGCAAGCUGCUGCAGUACCAGCGACGACACAACGAAAAGGAUGAGCGCCUCUUCUACUGCGACUACUGCGACUUGUUUAUCUCGUCAAGACAGAAAACGUGGGCGGCGCACCUGCGCAGUGCGCGGCACAUGGACGCCUUUCGCGCCUACUACGAUCUCGCCGCGCACGUCGAAAGUGUGUGGUUCAGCGAAAUCAACUACGCGAUUGAGCAGGCGCGGGGGCGAGAGGUGCACCGGCUGCAGCAGCAGCGAGCAGGGCGCGGCGCAUCAACACCGUUAGCGGCGCAGCGUAUUGCGCCCGGUAUUGUCGUGGGCGGCGCUCUGCCUCCGCCUCCUCCGCCUCCGCCUCCACCGGCAGUGUUGAUGCCAUCGCCUGCUGCUGCUGUCGCCGUGCGUGUUGGCGUGGGCACGCCCUGCAUUCGCGUGGGCGGAAAGGUGGUGAUGUCCCCGCCCCUCCCGAUCAAGGUCUCCGUCGGACCGCCUCCGCAGGAGGACGUCCCUCCCAAGAAGGAGGAGUGA